AUGCUGGCGGGCUACGGCGGUGGUGGCCGCGGCGUCCAUCUCUCCUCCCACAAGGACCUCCUCCUGGGCCGCGGCGGCCGGAGCUUCCUCUUCGGCAACACGUGGUUUCUCCUCUCCACAUACCCGGCGCGCCUCCUGCACACCACGGACCGCCGCGCGCCCGCUGCGUUCUUCGCCGCGAUCAACCGGGCCCCCUGCGUGCGCUCGCACUGCGUUGGGCAGGGCCUGCUGCAGAGGGGCGGCAUUGUCAUGGCUGCCUGCGGCUAUGCUCUUCGGCGGGCUGAGCUGGGUGCCGCCAAGCGCCAGCAGCCGGAUAAGGAUCCAUCUGCAGGGGCACGCGCCUCGCGUAUUGCAGCCAUGGGAUCACUGGGCAGUGCUGCGCGACCAGACGUCUCUUUUAGGUACAGAGGGGUGGAUUCUUGUAAGAAGAUUGGUGUAAGCUUGAAGUGCCGUGAGCCAUGGGGGAAUAGGGCAUUCUGGACAAACGCCGCCGGGCCAGGUUGGAAGUUGAGCUUUGCAGUUGAGCCAUGGACUAGGGACUUUAGCGCGUCGUGUGCUGCACCAUAUUCUGCUGGAGCCACAGAGCAUCAAUUGUCGCUCGAUGAGAAGAUGGAUAACUCCACCGUUGCAUCUGAUGGGAAGUCACCAGUUUCUGAAAAAUUGAAGUUGCUAUCUGGUUCAUGUUACUUGCCUCACCCAGCUAAGGAGGCAACUGGUGGUGAGGAUGCACAUUUCAUUAGCAUUGAUGAGCAUGUGAUUGGCGUAGCAGAUGGUGUUGGUGGCUGGGCAGAUCUCGGUGUCGAUGCUGGAUUAUAUGCUAAGGAGCUAAUGAGAAAUUCAUUGAGUGCUAUAAAAGAUGAGCCAGAAGGGACAAUUGAUCCAACCAGAGUUUUGGAAAAGGCUUAUAUGAGCACCAAAGCAAGGGGAUCAUCUACCGCGUGUAUCAUCACUCUUAAAGAUCAGGGUAUCCAUGCUGUAAAUCUUGGGGAUAGUGGCUUCGUAGUAGUCCGAGAUGGCCGCACUGUUCUCAGGUCACCCUCACAGCAGCAUGAUUUCAAUUUUACUUAUCAGCUUGAGAGUGGAGGUGGCAGUGAUCUUCCUAGUUCCGCACAAGUAUUUCACUUUCCGGUUGCCCCGGGUGAUGUUAUUGUUGCUGGCACGGAUGGACUUUUUGACAAUUUAUACAACAAUGAGAUAAGUGGUGUUAUUGUUGAAGCUCUCAGGGUUGGACUUGAGCCUCAGAUUGCAGCACAAAAAAUUGCUGCCCUGGCUCGACAAAGAGCUACAGACAAAAAUAGGCAGUCACCAUUUGCAUCAGCUGCUCAAGAAGCUGGGUACCGGUACUACGGUGGGAAGCUUGAUGACAUAACAGUUGUGGUGUCGUAUGUGAAAAGUGCCUGA